AUGGAUGAAGCUGGAAACCAUCAUUCUGAGCAAACUAUCACAAGGACAGAAAACCAAACACCACAUGUUCUCACUCAUAGGAGGAUAGUGCCCUGUCUGUCUUGUUCUCAGCUGUAUUCCCAGUACCUGGGACUGUCCCAGACACACCGUAGCCCUCCCGUGGCCCCGGACCCUCCAAGGAGACAGCGGCAGGAGCGCACGGUCUACACUCAAAGCCAGCAGGAAGUGCUAGAAAGUUACUUUCAGAACGACCAGUACCCAAACUACCACAAGCGACAGAAACUGGCGGAGGAACUCGGCCUCAAGGAGCACCAACUGCAGGUGUGGUUCAAGAAUCGCCGCGCCAAACUAGCUCGGGAGCGACGGCUCCAGCAGCAGCCGCAGCGCGUCCCUGGGCGGAGAGGCCGAGGAGCCCGCGCUGCACCCCUAGUCCCUGCAGCCGCUGCCUCCGCCCCUCAGCCGGGCCUCCCGGCCCUUCCAGCGGCGGCACCCACGAUCUGCAGCCUCGACCAGGCCUGGGGUGGCCCUGGGUGCAGAGCCCAAAAGGGCAUCCCAGAUGUCUUGGGUCCAGGCCCUGGCCCGAUCCCAGCCCCAAUCCGAGGCCCAGCUCAGGUCCCAGGCCCAAUUUCAGGCCCCAUUUCAGGCCCGGUCCAGAUCCCAGGCCCACUCCUUGGCCCAAUCCCAGGCCCAGCCCAGAUCCCAGGCCCACUCGCUGGUCCACUCCCAGGCCCAAUUUCCAGGCCCAGCCAAAUUCCUAGGCCCACUCGCUAGUCCCUCCCAGGCCCAAUUUCAGGCCCAGCCCAGAUUCAGGCCACUGCCUGGUCCCCAGGCCCAAUUUCAGGCCCAGUCAGAUCAGGCCCACGCCUUGGCCCAAUCCCAGGCCCAAUUUCAGGCCCAGCUCAGGUCCCAGACCAAGCCCAGAUCCAGAGCCCAAUCUCAGCCCAGAUCCCAGGCCCACUCGCUGGUCCACUCCCAGGCCCAAUUUCAGGCCCAGCCCAGAUUCCAGGCCCACUGCCUGGUCCACUCCCAGGCCCAAUUUCAGGCCCAGUCCAGAUCCCAGGCCCACGCCUUGGCCCAAUCCCAGGCCCAAUUUCAGGCCCAGCUCAGGUCCCAGACCAAGCCCAGAUCCCAGGCCCAAUCUCAGGCCCAGGUCCGAACAUAGGCCAAAUUCCUGGCCUAGCCCAGAUCCCAGGCCCAGGCAGACUCGCAGGCCCAGGUCCCAUCUUAAGUCCUGGCCAGAUGCCAAGCUCAGGCUCACUUCCAGGCCCAGCCCCGAUUUUAGGCCCAGGCUCAGGCUCAGUCCCAGCCCCAAUCCCAGGUCCAGGAUCAUUCCUAGCCCCAGCCCCAGUCCCCUUAUGGCCUGAGAGCCCCGAUGCCUCUGACUUCUUGCCAGACACCCAGUUAUUCCCUCAAUUCACAGAGCUGCUCCCACCCCUAGACCCCUUGGAGGGAUCCUCAGUCUCCACCAUGACCUCUCAGUGCCAAGAAGGGGAUGACUCUAUGGGCCAAAAAGACUCAGGGUCUCUGUACCAAGAGGAAGGUGGCUCUGUGAAUGAAAAUGACUCAGGCCCCAGGUCAUUACUGGAUUUAUAGGGUGCCUGUGCCUGCAAAGUUCUUCAGAUCCCAGUGGGCCUGGAGUGGCUGGUCCACACUGCUGGUGACUUUCUGCAGUGAAUGCACCACCCUUUACCCACCUGGCUGCAGGCGGACAUUUGCUGUCUUCACUGUGCAGCCAUCACAGGUGGCCUGUGGAUGUGCCUGCCCCUCUUUUGAAUUGAGCCUGAGCAUUUCUCUGCUGGGAUUGGAGUCGCUGCUCACUGGGAUGUUUGGCAUUAGUGGAU